UUAGCCCAACCCAGACGUGGAACACUCAUUGAACUUUACAGAGCACAGAACACGAAGCUCGCUCUCUACACAUUAAAAGGUCACAGGCUGCAGUUAUGACCUCGGAGCCAAAGAAAGCUGGAUAUGAGGGUCGCUACAUUCAAGGUUUCCAGUACUACCUGCAAAACUCAGAAGAACACAAACACAUCUGUCAGUUUGUUGAUAAGGUUCUGACAGGGGAAUUUCCAAGAAUAGCAGAGGGGAAGACCAGUGUGGAGGUGCUGGGGGUUGAUAGUGGAGGAGGUGAGUGAUGUCUCUUUACUCUAUCUGUACUGCAGACCAAGCUCCCAGGAACCCCAAUCACAGCUGAUAUAGUGGAACCCAGCUCCAAACUCACUGAGCAGUUCAAAGCUUUGGUGGCCAAAACAGCCAACCUCCAGAAGAUUCUGUUUGCCUGGCAUGGUGUGUCCUGUGGGGAGUAUGAGAAGCAGGUCAAGGACAAAGGACAGAUCAAGAGAUUUGAUUUCAUACACAUGAUUCAGAUGCUUUUCUAUGUGGAUGACUAUGCAGCAACCAUCAAGUUCUUCCACAGUCUUCUGAAUGAGAAUGGCAAGCUCCUGAUCAUCCAUAGAGUAGCUACUAACAGCGGCUGGGACAAGCUGUGGAAGACCUUCAAACGAGAGUUGUGUACCAAAACAAUAUCCGAAUACCUGUCGUCCGGAGAGAUCAAAGGCCACCUGGACAAGCUGGGUCUGAAGUAUGAGGAGCACAUGAUUCCCAACACCUGUGACGUCACCAGUUGUUUCACUCAGGGCAGCAAACAGGGCGAGCUGCUGCACGACUUCAUGACUGACACGGACAACUUCCAGCAGAAUUUCAGCGAGGAGGUCAAGGCGGGCAUGCUGGACCUGAUAAAGAACAAGUGCAGCAUUCAGAAGGAUGGCAGAGUGCUGUUCGACUGCACCCUGAGCUGUCUGCUGGUGUUUGCCUGAACCACCUGUUCUGUUAGCUGAGAGGAGGGAUCGGGUGGUUGUUACUGAUACCCCAUCCUCUAUCAUUCUUAACUGUGGAUAUGCUGGUCCGUAGUUGCCUGUUAACCUUUAUGUUGUUUUCCAAUAA